AAAAUCUCGAACGAUGAAUUUAACUUUACCUUUGUUGCUCAAAUCAUCUUUCGAUCUGCUAUUUCACCUCAGCAUUCUGAUGUCACUUAUAUGGAUGGCUUGCGUUGCAACCUGAAUGCCAGCUUCAGAAUUACUGAUAUUGUACAGUCCACUGCGUUUUCGGCUGAACCGACAUCAAAUUGUACUAGCAUGUUCGGCGAACAAAAACUCGACUCUAUAUGCGUGAGAAUGAAGGAUUUGCUUGCUAGCCUAAACUCAGAUGCCAUCAACCUGGCCACGACCAAAAGUCCAACGUCGCGGAUUCUCAGUCUCCCUAGACCUUCACUUCCUUUUGCCAGUUGCGCUAUUCUCUCACCAAGUCUUAUCUGGGGUAAUGAAUGGACUCUUUUUCACCUGGAUGACAUCGAUCUCGUGGAGCGGCUAAAUCUAAAUGAAGUACAAGACCUCUUAGAUGUCCUUUUUGGUCUACCACGACGCCAUCUUGGCAUGUUCAAAAUGCAGUUUCGGAACUUGCCUGUGGUAAACGCUUUUGCUACCACCAUUGUGCUUCGAGGUUUCUAUCCUGAAAUUUUGCUCGCCUCGCUCUAUUACUUGUACCUUAUGUGGUCGUUAUCACAAAGCUCUGAAACCUCCGACCAUAGGUACAUCCACAGACUUCGUGAACGACUGAUGGAGACCUUUCCGGACUCGCGGUUUGUUGGGAAUGGCAACGAAGAAAUAAGUCAGGGUUACCACUCAAAUUCCCACCUAAAGAACCCAGAACCCCGUGUCUUCGUGGUGCACUACCGUGGUCACAACUACCUCGUCCAAUACGCUCCUGCCUUUGCUGUCUACACAUUUCUCGUACUCUAUAUCUGGUUUUCUGUCAGCAAAAUUGACAUGGUCAAAUCGAAAUUUGGACUGGCUGUCUGCGCUUGUUUCACUAUUUUCGCGUCUUUUGUAAUGACUCUUAGUCUGUGUGCCACUCUCGGCUUGAUGUCUCCAGCACUUCGAGGCAGGGAAUUCUUUCCCUAUCUCGUGGUGCUAAUCGGUUUUGAGAACAUUCUUGUCACCAUAAAGGCCGUGGUCGGCACUCCGAUCGACCUACCUGUGAAGUACCGCGUUGCUCAAGGUCUGGCCAAAGAAGGAUGGCCGAUGACCAAGAACCUUCUCUGUGCCUUUUUUUGCACCGCUCUCGGCUUUCUCACCUUUGAUUCGGCUAUUCAGGAAUUCUGUCUUAUCGCUAUCAUCAGCUUCACCACUGAUUUUUUUCUUCAAAUGUUCUUCUUCGUGCCCGUCCUUGCUAUCGACAUUCGUCGCAUGGAGCUCUCAGAUUUGCGACAGCAUGCAUCACCAUCGUCUAUUCCGCCUCUUUAUGGAAUUGAAAAGACAGUUAGCACUGGAUUUUGUAAUCACAGUCCAGUAGUCGCUCGUCUCCGGGACGCAGUUCCACCACUGGAGUAUCAUCGCCGCUCCAUGUCCCCUAUUCCACAAAAUUGUCAGAAUUUUACAGGUCACAGACGCGUUCGUUCCGAUGCAUCGACCACGGCAUUCAUGUCAGCGAGGAACACAUCAGCUGCUUGUGUAUCAUUUCGAAGACGAUUUUGCGCCUUCUGGACCAACCGUCGGGUUUUUCAGCAUUUUGGAAUGGCUAUAGUUCUGAUCUGGUUGAUGGUCGUCCUCUGCUAUACUCUCCUUCCAUCCCCAUCACCAUCUCAUUCCAUCGACUUGGUCUCCCCGUCCCUCCACGUGGCAGGAAAUGGGACAGGAGAGUCGAAAAUCAACUCUCCAGAAUCGCGAAAUGCCUCCCUGCGGCAACUCUUCGGUCUGCGCUCCAUCAAUCUUCACGGCUUUGAGGUGCGUUGGGAUGCCGAUAAUCUCUGGCGCCACAUGGCCUUCUCUACCUGGCCAGCUAUCGCAGACCGCUACAACUUCUCUCUAUCGGAUCGGCGUCUGGUGGUUUUUGAACCCAUCCAUGUAGUGGAACUGUUUUCACCAGCUGAGGCAAUGCGUACCAGACGGCCUUCUUAUGAGUCAACUAAGGCUGAUCUCGCCGCAGUCUCUAGAUCGCGUCCCAAAGCUACUGAGUACAGUUAUGAUCCUAUUUAUUUGUGCAUUUUUUGGCUUCGAUUUUACCCGAUCCCGUGCUAUAGGGUAUUGUCGGAGAUGGUGCUUCCUCCAUGCGCUGAUGACCAGGAGUGUGACAGCGAUCGGAAUUGGUGGUCCAACGUGCUUUCCUUCGGACACAAGGAGGCGCUGAGGGCCUUGGACUUGCCUUGGAAUGGUUUUCUGGACUGGACCACGCGUCUCUGGUCCACUGCAAUGAUGGCUACCGCUAGCCUCCUCGGUGCCGGCUUCUUUCUCACUCUCACUGCUGCAAUUAUGCUCUUCGUCCAUAAAUGGUUAUCCAGGCAUGGCGUACUUGUCUAUACAUUGUCACUGCAGACAUACAAAAUAACUUGGAGCGUAGUAGUAGAGAAGCGAUGUGAAGAGCAAACCAAAACAUGUUUGUUUUAUUCUUGCAGAUCAAACCCGAACGCAUGUCGCGAGCCAGUGGUUCGUGUUCGCCAGUUAGUUAUCCCGCUGCUCAAAAAGAACCACUCUAUCGAGGAGUGGAUUGUGGCGCACGGAGAUGGGGAUCGAUUCGACAACGGAACCAUCUCCCUCUGGAGCGAUGGUUUAUUCCAUGGCUUCUCAGAUACCAUAUUUUCAACUUCCUCCCACCGUAGUCGACACAGAGGCGAGACGGUGGACAACCUUAUUGCUGCCACUGUGUCAGGCUAUUUUGGUGGCCCAAAGUUAAUUCGUAGCAUCCGACUGUGGAGUGCUGAUUGUGGCCAUUUGGUAGCUACCAUUGAUCGCUUUUACCCGGGUAGUUUUGAGAUCCGUGGUGCUGGUUCUCGUCAUAGGGACCUUUCGCGUCGAUUCAGUCCCAUUUGGUCCAUGAAGGUGCUUGCUCCCACCGGCAGUCUCGUUGCCGGUUGUGCCAACGGAACCAUUGAGAUCUGGGACUUGGACAAUUUUGGUCUGCGUCAGGUCAUUGAUCUGACCUCUCCCGAGGGCUUCUACGAUGCGCGGGGUGAGGCGGUCGACACCGGAGGUGAGCCAACGCCUGUUGGAGGAGUUACCGUCAUCGAGGCCUCCUUGGAAAACCAACACAUCUUCUAUUUUGGCACAAGUCUUGGUUUCGUCGGUUGCGUCAAAUGGGCUCUUUUACCAUCCUCCUCAAUCUCCGGUAACACAGAUCCCACUUCCAGAGGGAGUCGAACCAAUCGUCCGCAGUGGGGCGUGCAGGCAAAGUGGAAAGCCCAUCCUCAGGGCUGUGGAGUUGUACACCUUACACCCCAACGCGUCUUCCUCACUAGCCGGUGUUUCACUCCCCGUUGCGCGUCGGCAUACGGCGGUCACAGCGUUCGAGGUGGAGGCAGUAGUUCCCGCGAAGACUGGGCUCUCGCUUCCGGUGCAAUGGAUGGCUCCCUUGCACUCAUCCAACUGCGUCAUUUUAGAUUUCAGCGUUUUCAGUGGGAUGUCAGUCAUAUUUUGUGUUCGGACUUUCUACAGUCAAAGAUCGUGAUCGGUCAGGCUUCUGGUUGUGUGCGGAUGUUGAGCUUAGCGGCAGCAGUGCCGCUGGCUAACAAGGAUCUCCGUGUCGAGGUGUCCGAGUUGUGCACGAUUAGCGCGACGGGGGCAGCGGCAGAGUCACCCACGGCCGAGGGCCACUUGGGUAGUGCCUCGUGGAUACGUCUUUUUAAGACUUCAACUCCCUCAUCAACUGAAGACUUUAGAAUGGUAACCUAUUGUCACACCGGUGCUGUCUCUGUGUGGAGCAUCAAUGCGUCCAGUUGUAACUUAAUACGAAGGUUUCAGGCCAAUGCUCCGGCCUUCGCCAUUCGUGCACCUAUCAUCUGCGUUGAUGAUCGAGUUAUUUUUGGUGAACGGGGCUACCUACGUCUGGUGAACCCACGAACAGCUAAGUACGAACGCUCGGUCCAGUUGAUGCCACCAUUGCUAACCCGUCCAGCCGAACCUGCGUCGAGGGGAGAGGGAAGCAUUGAUUCACAGGUUAGUCGGAGCGCGGAGCAGUGGGAGCGUGGUCUGGGUCCCCUGGGAAUCACUGGUGGCAGUGAUGGUCGUCAGUAUUUAUGCGGUCUCUCUGAUGCCGGAAAGAGCCUUUUUAUUGUUCCGAAGUCAGUUAUUCUCAACUAG